AUGCUUAAUCUUGUUACGAAGCUGGCUUGGUCUUUAGCGAUUGAGAGGCCACUGGUAACAAUCAAAUCACCACCUCACAGCAGAACAAGGGGUAUUCCUUCAUCGAGUCAAGAUGAUGGCCUGCAAUGGCGGAUGAAUCUCAGCUACUCGCCUUCUGGAUAUACUAGAGAUGGUUUCGAACAAGAUACGAGCGACCAGAGUCCUGGCUUUGAAUUGCCCCCAAGCAGAAGUAGAUCACGAAAAAGUUUGGAAUCCUGUUUCCAGCAAUCACCAAGAUCAAUUCGCUCAAACCAUCAAUCCUUGAAUGAGGACAAAGGUUUUGAUCGAGCAAGUAGAGCCAUUUCACAGAGUUUUAGGUCUUUGUUAUCUCAUUCAGAAUCAGGAUCCCCAUCAGAGACUCCAAGCAAGCAGCCUUUCUGCUUCAGCCAUCGCUCUUACCCUCGAGUCUUCUGCAAUCCCGUUUCAGAUUGUGAGAAUCCUAAACCUGAUGAUUCGCAAGAAGACUCAUCCACAAACCCUGAUUCCAGUUUCAUGAUGUCCACAAGAAACCAUCAAGACUCACCAGUAGAAGAAGCAUCGCCAAACUCGAGUAGCAGUGACAUGUUGCCAGAUGUUGAAAGGUCCAAUGAAACUGCUGAAGUAGGAAACCCAAGACUUGAACCAGGUUCAAUGACACACCAGAGAUGCGGGGUCUGCAAGAAGCUUCUAUCUCAGAGAUCUCCAUGGUGCUCUUACAAGAUAUUGAGAUGUGGAGACAUGCCAGCAACUGGUGUGUUCCCCUGUCAUCACGUCUACCAUGUUGAGUGUUUAGACGAAGUGACACCAACGGCUCAAACCCGAGACCCGCUUUGUCCUGUCUGCUCAAACACCAUUGGAGCAAUGGAGCGGCCGCUGGUUAUGCCUGAAACAUUGGAACUGGCAUUGAGAUCCCUCAGAAGAAGCCGCACAUCUGUGGAAUCAGAGCCGCUUAGUAACCCUUGCAAUGACAAUCAAAGAAGACACAUUAGGAGAAGACGAAGAAGAAGCCAUAAAUGGGAAAGACUCAGCUGCUGUUUGAAUAUAAACUUCUCAUCUUCUUCACAAGAUCCAACAUGA